AUGCGCAUGAAGGAGGCAUUGAAGGCCAAACUUUGCAUAACUUGUGGGGGUCCUCCGAUUGCUUCUAAAGAGCAUGAACUUUCUAUCCAAAAGAUGGAAGAGCAAAACAUCAGACUUAAAGAGGAGGUUGAGAAAGCUUCCACUCUUUUAGCAAGGUACACAAGAAAAGAGAUAUCACAACUCGAGUUUGAGCAAUCUAUUGCUCAAACAAAAGCAUUUGCAAGAAAUUUAGAUAUUGAAAUUCCACUAAGACAAGAAACUGGUGGAAGUUCUAGUCAUAAUCACAAUCAUGCCAUGCCAGUGAAAGAACCAAAAUCAAGUGGUGAUGUGGAAAAAUCAAUAAUAUCUCAAAUUGCAGCUGUUGCAAUGAAUGAAUUAGUGACACUUGUGCGUAUCAAUGAACCUUUUUGGGUGGACUCUUCUAGUGUGGAAGAUGAGAUAUCAACUCUUUCUCAUGAAAUUUAUGAGCAGACUUUUCCAAAACCAAAUCACUUCAAAGGUGAAAAUGUAGUUAAAGAAUCAUCAAAGUAUACUUCACAUGUCAACAUCAAUAGCAUGGAAUUAAUUGACAUGUUAUUGGAUCCGGUGAAAUGGGCGAAGUUAUUCCCAACGAUUGUUUCGAAAUCAGAAACAAUUAAAGUGUUUGAAAAUGGAUUGAUGGGAAAUCGAGAUGGAGCAUUGCAAUUGAUGUAUGAACAAAUGCAUAUUCUCUCACCUCUUGUGCAACCUCGUGAAUUUACCAUCAUUCGCUAUUGUAAACAAAUUGAUGUUAGGACAUGGGUGAUAACAGAUGUGUCAUAUGAUUCUUCUCUACGAGAAAUUAGUCCUCCUACUCGCUCUUGGAAACAUCCGUCUGGAUGCUUGAUUCGUGAAUUGUCUGUUGAUUUUUGUUCGGUUACUUGGGUUGAACAUGUGGAAUUGGAUGAUAAGAUGCAUACACAUCACCUAUACAAAUAUCUUAUUGAUAUCAAUAAUUUAUAUGGAGCAAAAAGUUGGAUUAAAGAGCUUCAAAGAAUGUGUGAAAAAUCGGCCAGUUUCUAUGUUCAAAGAAUACCUGAUCAAGAAUCUGAAGGAGGUUACAAUUUCUCAACUCUACUCUACAAAUAA